GGUUCUUGCUGUUCUUGAUUUUGGGGGGUGAUUUCGGGUUGUGCGAUUGAUGUAGCUUCUCCGGGGUUGGUGGUGAUAAUUAGUAUUUAGUUCGUCUUAAUUUUGGGUCAUGAGGGGUGUGUGGUGUAUUUUGCUGCUGAUUGUUGGUUUGUUAUGUAAAUCGUUUCUUCUAAUCAAUUUGCCAUGGAUUCUUGGCUCUGUGUGUAUCUUGACUCCAAACCCUAUGGUGAAAGUGAGACCCUUGAGUUGGGAGAUUAAAGAACGAGUUGAUGGUAUCAACAUACUGAACAUGUUUGUGAAAAGGACGGCAGGAUCAACUCCCUGUUGAGUACCAUUCCACAAGAUUUCACCAGUAUGUCAGCUAGGGCUUCAAACCAUGCAUAUAUAUGUUCAGAUGAUUCUCAAAUGCCGUACUAUAAUAACUCAGUGCCUUCAGGGGGAAAUGGUAGGUUCUAUAUAACACAAAAUCAUCAGGAUGCUCACUACGCUUCUUCUGAUGAUGGGUCACAGAAGAUUGGUUCGAGCCCUCAAGCAUUUGAAGCGCCGUACUGCACUCUAGAAUCAUCCUCAGCAAAUGGUGCUCAUCCUGCCCAUAGCUCUGCAUCUUCUCACAGCAUCUCUCCUAUUAGCGGGAGCCCCCUGUCUCAUCAUGAUAGCCACUCAGACCACACGUACAAUUCCCCUCCAAGUGCAUCCUGUGUCACAGAGAUUACAGAUCUCCAGAUUAAACUGAGGGAGCUGGAGAAUGCAAUUCUUGGGCCUGAGCUAGACAUAGCUUAUGACAGCCCUGAGAGCGCCUUGCAACCAAACAUAAUGGCAACACCAGAAAAUUGGAGACAGCUUCUGGGAAUUAAUACAGGAGAUUUGAAGCAAGUAAUCAUAGCAUGUGGCAAGGCUGUUGCCGAGAAUGAUGUUCGGCUGACAGAACUACUGAUAUCUGAGUUAGGUCAGAUGGUGUCUGUCUCUGGUGAUCCAUUGCAACGAUUGGGGGCUUAUAUGUUGGAAGGCCUUGUUGCCAGACUUUCUUCCUCUGGCAGUAAGAUAUAUAAAUCCUUGAAGUGUAAGGAGCCUACAAGCUCUGAGCUCAUGUCAUACAUGCAUCUUCUUUACGAGAUAUGCCCAUUCUUCAAAUUUGGUUAUAUGUCAGCUAAUGGCGCCAUCGCUGAAGCUAUUAAGGGAGAGAACUUUGUUCACAUAAUUGACUUCCAAAUUGCACAAGGGAGUCAAUGGAUGACAUUAAUACAGGCCCUUGCAGCGAGGCCUGGAGGACCACCAUUUCUACGAAUCACUGGUAUAGAUGACUCGAAUUCUGCUUACGCCAGAGGUGGUGGACUGGAUAUAGUUGGUAUGAGAUUGUAUAAAGUUGCUCAGUCUUUUGGUCUGCCCUUUGAGUUCAAUGCUGUUCCAGCUGCUAGCCAUGAGGUUUAUCUUGAGCAUCUUGAUAUAAGAGUUGGUGAAGUUAUUGUUGUGAAUUUUGCCUAUCAGCUGCAUCACACUCCAGAUGAAAGUGUAAGCACAGAAAACCAUCGGGAUAGGAUUUUAAGAAUGGUCAAGAGCCUCUCCCCUAGGUUGGUGACUCUUGUUGAGCAGGAGUCAAAUACAAACACACGGCCAUUCUUCCCAAGAUACUUGGAGACUCUUGACUACUACACAGCCAUGUUUGAGUCGAUAGAUGUCGCUCUCCCAAGGGAUGAUAAGAGACGGAUGAGCGCAGAGCAACACUGUGUGGCGCGGGACAUUGUCAAUUUAAUCGCAUGUGAGGGUGCUGAGAGGGUAGAGAGGCAUGAGGUCUUUGGAAAAUGGAAGGCAAGAUUAACGAUGGCAGGGUUUCGGCCAUACCCGCUGAGUUCAGUGGUGAACAGUACCAUCAAAACGCUGUUGCAUACUUACAAUAGCUUCUACAGGCUUGAGGAGCGAGAUGGUGUUCUUUACCUUGGAUGGAAGAACAGAGUAUUGGUUGUAUCUUCUGCAUGGUGUUGACAUGUCUUUGGAAGAAGAAGCUCAUGUCCCAUCACAUCUCCAUCUCCAGCUUGCAGGUGCAAGAUGUAACACGAGCUUUGCUUUGCAGUGGUGUAGAAUAAUGCAAACUAUAACUGUGGAUAUCUCUAGUCCUCAAUUCUCCCCAUGCUCACCAUCCAUCUAAUUCAACGCUUAUCUGAUCAUCUGAGAUACUCAACAUCAGCUGGUGCGACAAUCGUAGCAUAGAAGUCGUAACCUUGUUCUAUCCAUGCUAAAUAUGUAUAAUAUAGGAAUCUGGUAUUGCAUCCAAGGCUGGAUGCUCUUGCUCUUAGGUUUGACAUGUUGUAAUGUUCAGUGAUCAAGCUAGACAGGCCCAAGUUGGCUGCUAGUUUUCUAUGUCAGUUGUGUACCUGUGUAGUUGCUUGUAAAUUUGGGUGAAUGCUAUAUAACAUCAGUAUUAUUGUCUGUUAAUGAUGCUAUUUUCUGGCACGUGUAUUUGUGUACCUGUGUUGUAUCAUGCAGUUAGUACAUAUAUAUAUAUUUUUA